CCUUGGCUUCCUCCUCUUUUACAUUACUUAUAAAACUUGAUUAAUUAGAAUAAUAUAUAAUUUGGUGUUUUACUGCUUAAAUAAGUAAGAACAGUAUCACCUUCAUUUUAAAUGUGAUUUUUAUUUGCUCACUUUGUGUGUUUGGGAUUGAAAGCUAAGUUAUACUGUACCGUAUUUUAACCCUUUAACCCCUGCACUGUGAGCAUGUUAAAUGUGACAAAGUUGAGGUGCACACGGAAAAAUCUACAUUUUUUGUUGUUGUAUAAUUUUGUUAAAAUGCAUUCCCUGAUCAUGGGGAACCUUAAAAAAAAAAAUAUUCAGCCUUGGCUGUGAUGGAGAGGUGAAAUAUGAUGAUGACAUCACUGAUUCACAAUCACUGAUGAAUGAGACGCCCUGUGGAGGUCUCUUGAAUUGCAGCGAAUAUAUUUAUACUGAUUUAUUUUAGUAUCACUGAUUUGUUUUUUCACUAGUUUUUGCAGUUAUAGUAUUCACCUAGUUGUGCUUGUGGGGGUUGAGCUCAGGCUCUUUCGACCCGCCUCUCAACUGCCAAUCAGUUUUUUUUUCUCACAAGCACACCCCCAGGAAGCAGCCCGCAACAGCUGUCUAACUCCUAGGUAACUAUUUACUGCUAGGUGAAGGUGAACAGAGGCAUCAAGGUGAAAGAAACUCUGCCCAUUUGUUUCCACCAUCGGUGGGAUCGAUCCCUGGACCCUAGGGUUACUAGUCCCGAGCGCUGUCCACUCAGCCACCAGGCCCCCUACAAUAUGCAUAGUAUGCAAUUGUGUGUAGUGUAAUUUGAGAAAUUUGUAUAAUAAAACAUGCAAAGCAUCGAUAUAGAGAAAUAAAUUUGUGUCACUAAUAUGCACACAAUAUUAUAUUCUUUGGGUUAAAAAAAACACUGAUUUUACUAUUAUUAACACUGUAUACACAUGUUAUAUAUAACUACAGUUGUACAUGUUUAUGCAUUGUUACAAACCACUCAGCAUUUCUGAUUGUGAUAAAACUGUAACCAUUAAUCCAAGGUUGAGCUUGGCCCCAGGUCGGGCUCGGGGAGUUGAAGAUCUGAAACCCUCUCCAGGUUUGCUCCAGGAUUCAAGCCAUGGAAACUCUGUUAGUUUUGGGCCAAAAGAAAUUAUUUGAUAUACUUUCCAACCAGCAACAGGAUAUCUUGAGUAGCACAUUUGCCAAUUUCUUGCCUGGUAUUGUCACAGCUUUAACUAAAGUUGCCACUGGUGAUGAAAAGCAGGGCCACAAGGUUACAGCAGUUGCUGUUGAUGCCUGGAGCUACUUUGUUGUGUUGGUGAUGAGAGAUAACUUCUUAGAGAAGCAUGUGGAUGGGUUGGGGGAGGGGGAAACUGUGGCCCAGCUUCAGAAGCAGCUGUUUGGUGAAAAAGGUCAUGAGACUGGAAAGGAAAAGCAACUAACAUCAACUGAAAGCAACAAAUUUGCACUCCCUGAACCAGGGGAAGAGAUACUGACCUCAGCUGAACAAAUAUUGACCAUAGACAUUACUAGGGAAUGGGUAUGCAGUACUGCAGACAAGUUGAUACUCUUGGUGCAGUCACUGACAAGACUGGUAACCUACUCACAUUGGAGGGUACGGCUUAGUCUCGUACACUGGGCACAACAGCUAAUUUGCAAGUGUUGCAGGUCACUAACAGGAGCUGUAAUUUUGGGUGUUGAAGUAAUUGUUGGGCUGCGCAGUGAUGAUAUUGUAGAUGUUGGGACCGCAGCACAGGAGGCGCUGCUGGCAGUUACUCAAGCCCUUGAAGUAAAGGGCAAAUACACAUCCUCAAAACAAGGCUUACUAGAAUUACUGGAAGAGCGUGUAUAUGCUCUGUCAACACAACUACCGACAGUUUGUAGGCAACAAGAUGGCACUAAAACUUUGACAAGUGUGCGUCAACUUUUGGGCUGCUUAGAAGUUUUAGGCGAGAGAAUAACACGGCUAAUGUCGUGGCCAAAUCAUUCUCACCGCCUACUGCAAUCUCUCUCCAUCGCACUUACCCUGGAUACCAUGGACUCAGACCUACUGUUGGAAAGGACCGAUGCUCAUGAUCCUUUUGAAUUGUUAACCAUUAAGCCUUCAUUGGGGAAGUCUUUCAAGUAUUUCCAAGAUGUUAGAAUCUUUGAGGUUAUAGGAACUGUUUGUCAGCUGAUUGGAUGCCACAGUAACCUGACUGUAGUGGUGGAUCUGUGUUUAGACUUCCUGCAACACUCAACCUUUCUUCAAAAGGAAACACUUCUUAUGCUUUCCCUCAUUAUCCAAGGGAGAGAUGAAAGAAAGUUGAAAGGGAAAGAGAGGAGCAGCACUCCACAUGAGGAGAGUGAACAGGUCGUGCACAAUGUGUUGGACGUGAUUAUGUGUAAAGAAAUCUUCAGUGCCCCACUCUGUGUUCUCACUCAGCAUGAUGCACAUCCUAACACCACAGAAGAUUUAGGUGCCUCUUUAGUUCCAGUGAACAAGCAGAACAAUAUUUCUAUUGAUUUUGUUAAAAGUAAUGUGGUGCUUGUUGCCAAUGCUUUGAAUUUAUUGAGUUCUUGUGCUCAAAUGAUGGGCACUAAUUUUGAUAUAUUCCUAAGCAAAGUUCUGUGUUCUGUAAUGGAGAAAGCUGGGGAAGCUAAUGUGUUGGUCGGUCACACUGCCAUCAAUACCUUGCAAGAAAUGGCACAAUCCUGCGGAUAUGAAAAUGUUGCUAAAUUCAUUGAAAAUAGUGUCCCUCAGUUUUGGUACCCACUCUCUAUGAGACUCAAGAAAUUGCCUCAAUAUCCUACAGCACCUCUGGUUCUUCAAGUCUCUCUUGAAUAUGCUAAUAUUGAUGUUAUAUCUUUCACGGAAGAAUUAGUAGAGGAUGUGCUAGCAUGCCUUGACACUUAUCAUAAUGAACAAGCUUUACCUCUGGUGCGAGUUUUGCAUGUGUACGUUACUGCUGUUGUUAAACAUGAGUCUAAAGCUGAAGUGAUUUCAAAGGAUUUUGAAACUAGUAAUGUUAAUAUAUGUCUAAAUAACACUGUUAAUAUUGGACAAUCUGAAACAAAACAGAAAGAGGCUUUUCAACAUUCUACAGCAUAUGUUAAACGUGGACCUAUUGCCCUUUUUUUAGAGAACUACCACAAAGAUCAAAUGACUGUUAAAAAAGGCAUUAAAGAAAGUGAUUAUAUCAUGGAAACAGAGCAUGUACAGGGCAGUUGUGGCGAGAAUUUUCAGAAGCAUAACAGUCAGCAGGAUGAGGAUGAUGAAGUAAGUGAGGACAGCCCAGAUCAAAGUGAAGAGAAGAGAGAAAUACCAAGAUAUAUUGAGCUUGUUGUGGAUAUUCUGGAAAGAUGUUCUCAUUUGUUAUAUUUCCAGGAUAGGAAAAUUAAAAUUUUAGUGAUGAAAGUAAUUAAGGCAGGCUGUUCAGCUUUAUCUCAGUGGGAAGAUCAGAGACUGCCAGUUUUACAUAAGUUAUGGAAACCAUUAGUUUUAAGGCUGAAGGACCCUGAUUUUGUAGUGAUGGUGGGCGCUCUUGAAGUGCUAUCAACAAUGGUUAUCACCAGUGGGGAUUUCCUUCGACAGCGUACUUUGAAAGAAGUAUUUCCAUCACUAUUGUCCUUUCUCCAAAGUCAGAGUCGUACAAGCUUAGAGAAGACCAAGAGGAGUGGCUACUAUAUGACAGCUGCUUAUCGUGCCCAGAAGGUGUUAUUAAGGACACUACCAAAUUUUGUAAGAAUAUUAACAUUAGAUGUUACUGAAAUGGCAAAAUUUGUGAAUGUUUUAAUGCUAUACUUGGACAAUCGGCAGCCCAUUGAACUCUGCAAUGCUGGGAUUGUAUUGGUGAAACAAUUGGCACAGAGUCAUCCACAUCAUGUGUGGUUAGCUUUAGCCCAUCAACAGUCACCUGUAAGAAUUCUUCCACCAACACCAAAUUUAUCAUCAGUCAAGAUAAAUGGCGCUGGCCGCAAAGAACUACCACAAGAAGUUAUUGAAUUAUACAACCAGCUGUCUUAGGAUCACUGGGUGAUGCUGUCAUUGAUUAAAAAAUGUAAUAUUCUUGUCUAAUAAUAAAGCAAACAAUAUGUAUGUGAAAACCUAUGGGUGUAACUGAAUCACAAGAGAAGUCAAACCAUAAACAAACUUUACACCAUCAAA